AUGAAGGAGGUGUAUUACCAAGGAGUCCUUGUGAUCAAAGAUCCGCCCUUCAUCUGCGCUUAUCUCCCCUCUAAUGGCCUCACGUUUCCACCGGGAACAAGUCCCCGGGAACAAGCCACCGGGAACAAGCCACCGGGAACUAGCCACCGGGAAAAAGUCCCCGGGAACAAGCCACCGGGAACAAGUCCCCGGGAACUAGCCACCGGGAACAAGUCCCCGGGAACAAGCCACCGGGAACAAGCCACCGGGAACAAGCCACCGGGAACAAACCAACGGAAACAAGCCACCGGGAACAAACCACCGGGAACAAGCCACCGGGAACAAGUCACCGAGAACAAGCCACCGGGAACAAGCCACCGGGAACAAGCCACCGGGAACAAGCCACCGGGAACAAGCCACCGGGAACAAGCCACCGGGAACAAGUCCCCGGGAACAAGCCACCGGGAACAAGCCACCGGGAACAAACCAACGGAAACAAGCCACCGGGAACAAGCCACCGGGAACAAGUCCCCGGGAACAAACCACCGGGAACAAACCACCGGGAACAAGUCACCGGGAACAAGUCACCGGGAACAAGCCACCGGGAACAAGCCACCGGGAACAAGCCACCGGGAACAAGCCACCGGGAACAAACCACCGGGAACAAGCCACCGGGAACAAGCCACCGGGAACAAACCAACGGAAACAAGCCACCGGGAACAAACCACCGAGAACAAGCCACCGGGAACAAGCCACCGAGAACAAGCCACCGGGAACAAGCCACCGGGAACAAGCCACCGGGAACAAGCCACCGGGAACAAGUCCCCGGGAACAAGCCACCGGGAACAAGCCACCGGGAACAAACCAACGGAAACAAGCCACCGGGAACAAACCACCGGGAACAAGCCACCGGGAACAAACCACCGGGAACAAACCACCGGGAACAAGCCACCGGGAACAAACCAACGGAAACAAGCCACCGGGAACAAACCACCGAGAACAAGCCACCGGGAACAAGCCACCGAGAACAAGCCACCGGGAACAAGCCACCGGGAACAAGUCCCCGGGAACAAGCCACCGGGAACAAGCCACCGGGAACAAACCAACGGAAACAAGCCACCGGGAACAAACCACCGGGAACAAGCCACCGGGAACAAGUCCCCGGGAACAAGCUAG